ACACCAUCAUCUCCCUUCAAUUUUUCCUGCAACCAUGAGUAUUAUUACCCCCGCUCUCCCAAAUGGCCAUUCCCAUUUGUCUGUCCCUCUCUCCCCACCCACCAAACAGCCCCUCUAUCUCGUCAUCCUCCUCCUCCUCCUCCAUAGAUAGUGGCCUUCAUUUCAUUAAGUUCUCAAAGAGAGAAUUCAUCUCCAAAACAACUAAAUUCUUGACUGUUUCACUCACACCCACAUGGACAUUCUCUCAGUGCUCGGCUGAACCGUCGUCACCUCCAAAGUCAGCUCCUUUGGGAAUCGCCAACACCAAGUCGUGGUUCCAGUUUUAUGGCGAUGGGUUCGCAAUUCGCGUCCCACCUCAGUUUGAGGACAUUAUGGAGCCCGAGGAUUUUAAUGCUGGUAUGUCUCUUUAUGGAGAUAAGGCAAAGCCAAAAAAAUUUGCAGCUCGGUUUGCAUCGCCUGAUGGAUCUGAAGUCUUAAGUGUCAUGAUUUGCCCGACCAACCAACUCAAGAUCACAUUUUUGGAGGCCCAAGAUAUUACCGACUUGGGUUCCUUGAAGGAGGCUGCCAAAAUUUUCAUUCCAGGUGGUGCAACUGUAUACUCUGCCCGAAAUAUCAAAAUAAAGGAAGAAGGUUUCAAGACAUAUUACUUCUAUGAAUUCUCUAGAGAUGAGCAACGUGUUGCGCUGGUUGCUGCUGUGGACAGUGGAAAGGCAUUUAUUGCUGGAGCAACAGCUCCGCAGUUCAAAUGGGAAGAUGAUGGAGUGCGCCUCCGCUCUGCUGCUAUAUCCCUCAAACUUCUCUAACCAUGCUGCUGGACGUAGAAGGUAAUUUUGCACAUGUUCUAUUUGCAACUUCUGUCGGGCUUUAAUGCUAACGGAUCUGCCUAUGCGUGAGAAGUUUCUAAUGGAUAUGAUAGCUGCAUUCAUUUGCAAUUGCUUCGGUACAUGGAGACCUGGCCUCAUGCCAUUUAUUAUUUUAUGAGGUUGGAGAACCUGGUGGAGAAUUCUUGAAUGAGGGAAAUUUUGAACCUCGUUUAUCCGUGAGCCAUCUGCAUGGGUAUAUUUAAACUUCUUCGGAGAUUGGUCAUGUUGAAGUGCCGGCUAUGAUUCUUUUGGUAAUUUGUAUCUAUAUUCGAAGCAAUGAGAUGCGUAGACCGUCUCCGUAGAAAUAUGAAAAGAAGGGCUAAAAGCCUGUCUUCUAAUUUCCAUCUGCCAUAGUUUGUGCAUGGUUCUUUUCAUUCU